GGGGAUAAAAUUGAUGGUGGCUGAGCAGGUUGAGUAUAUUCAUGAACCCGUCCCCUGAAAUAUGGUAUUCUCAGCGAACCCAUUAUCCCUAAGCGUACCCGACCCGGCUUUCGACUCAUGGCUUCGCGACUCCGGCUACCUCGACCUUCUCGACCAUAGGUCCUCCUCCACCGCCACCGUUUCCACAAUCACCAAUGCCUCCGAUAAAGACAACGACGCCAACAACAGUGAUAAUUUCUUCUUCCACUUUGUCCCCUCCCUCUUUUCUCGUCUGGGUACCAUCCUAUCUCUUUUCACCCUCAAUCCGUUUUCAAAGCUCACCACCGAUGACUUCUCUGGCGAAACUCCGUCCUGGACUCGCGGUUUUUUCGGGGACUUUGGGUCUUACUCGUUUCCGUCCUCUACCGAUCAAGCCAGGCUCAGGGUUCAGGAGAAUAUCAAGCGUCACGCCCGCAAUUACGCGUCUCUCUUCAUCGUCUUCUUUGUCUGCUCUCUGUAUCAGCUGCCACUUGCUCUUGUUGGAUUGCUAUCAAGUUUAGCACUAUGGGAUCUGUUCAGGUUCUCUAGUGAUAGAUGGGGAUUUGAUCAAUACCCUGUAACUCGGCAGGUUUUGGUUCGAACUGCCCAGUGUGCUACCGCGGUUAUUUUGUUGCUUUUAAACGUUCAAAUGGUUAUCUUCUGUGCGCUUGCGGUCACUUAUGCAGUGAUGAUGCUCCAUGCCACAUUGCGGAAGCUCACUCCAACAACGCAACCUUCUAGGGGAAAAUGGAAGUAGAUGUUACUUUCGAGAGUUUGUCAUUCUUUAUUGCUGGAAGGUCUUUAUUAGUUGCAGAUUUUAGUCAAAAGAGGCUUCUUAUUAUACUUCUUGUCAUGCCAUUCCAUUGUCGCGAAAUGGGAAAGCUCUCUGUGCCUGUGUAGCAACCGCAGACUGGGUUUUUUGCGCCUCAGUGGUAUGAACAAGUGAAAAACAUUAUAACUUUGUGAACAUGUGAGUUUCUAUGAAUGUUCCUAUUUUCAUAUAAUUGUGAACAUGUGAGUUUCUUGUAAGAACGACUACACUACACAAUACAGAGAAAUGGUUGGAAUUUAUUCAUUCU